CCUAACAAACGGCGACAUGCAUAGUGAGGAGGACAUGCUUCCCGAGCUGUCAAAAAUGGGGAAUAUAAGCCCUCGUGGCCACUGAGAUGGUCAUUAAAAUACCUGCCUUUUCUUCAUCCUGUGGAUUUCAUUUGAGUCGCCGAUGUUCCAAAGAGCAGGAAUAAGGGAGAAAAAAAUCUCCCCCCUUCUUAAACCAAGCUUCAGAAGUGGAAGAACUUAUCUAACAAGGACCUAACUUACCAUCUCAGUCAACUUUAAUUCUCUAAAGGACUCUGGCUUUGCUGCUACUUCCUUAUCAGGAUGGCCGAAAAGGCUCCAGGAAUAAACAAAAAGUCAUCAAGGUCUACACAGUCUCUUCCACCAGAACCAGUGGACAUAAUCAGAAGCAAAUCAUGUUCUAGGCGAGUGAAAAUCAAUGUAGGUGGACUCAAUCAUGAAGUUCUAUGGAGGACUUUAGAUAGACUUCCACGGACACGCUUAGGGAAGCUCAGAGACUGCAAUACUAAUGAAUCUUUACUAGAAGUAUGUGAUGACUAUAAUCUUAAUGAGAAUGAAUAUUUCUUUGAUAGACACCCAGGUGCUUUCACCUCUAUCCUGAAUUUCUACAGGACAGGAAAGCUACACAUGAUGGAGGAAAUGUGUGCCCUUUCUUUUGGCCAAGAACUAGAUUAUUGGGGGAUUGAUGAAAUCUAUUUAGAGUCCUGUUGCCAGGCAAGAUAUCACCAGAAGAAAGAGCAAAUGAAUGAAGAAUUAAGGAGAGAGGCAGAGACAAUGAGAGAAAGAGAAGGUGAAGAGUUUGAUAAUGCUUGUUGCCCAGAGAAAAGGAAAAAACUCUGGGACUUGUUGGAAAAACCCAAUUCAUCAGUGGCUGCAAAGAUUUUGGCCAUUGUAUCCAUAUUGUUCAUUGUACUAUCCACCAUUGCUUUAUCACUCAACACUCUACCCGAGCUUCAAGUAAUUGAUGAAUUUGGACAGCUAAAUGACAACCCUCAGCUAGCACAUGUUGAAGCUGUGUGUAUAGCAUGGUUCACUAUGGAGUACCUUUUGCGUUUCCUGUCAUCUCCAAACAAGUGGAAGUUCUUCAAAGGUCCAUUAAAUGUGAUUGAUUUGCUAGCCAUUUUGCCCUAUUAUGUCACCAUUUUUCUCACAGAGUCCAACAAAAGUGUGCUGCAGUUUCAAAAUGUCCGCCGUGUAGUUCAGAUAUUCCGUAUCAUGAGGAUACUGCGGAUCCUUAAACUUGCUAGACAUUCAACUGGACUUCAAUCUUUAGGAUUUACCUUGCGAAGGAGUUAUAAUGAAUUGGGUUUAUUGAUACUGUUUUUAGCAAUGGGAAUUAUGAUAUUUUCCAGUCUAGUAUUUUUUGCUGAAAAAGAUGAAGAUGCUACAAAGUUUACAAGUAUUCCUGCAUCAUUUUGGUGGGCUACAAUCACUAUGACCACAGUAGGUUAUGGUGACAUUUAUCCUAAAACUUUACUAGGUAAAAUAGUUGGUGGUUUGUGUUGCAUUGCUGGAGUGCUGGUGAUAGCCCUGCCCAUUCCCAUCAUAGUAAACAAUUUCUCAGAGUUUUAUAAGGAGCAAAAGCGGCAGGAGAAAGCCAUUAAAAGAAGGGAGGCGCUUGAACGAGCAAAAAGAAAUGGAAGCAUUGUCUCGAUGAAUUUAAAAGAUGCCUUUGCUCGCAGUAUGGAACUGAUUGACGUAGCUGUUGAUAACGGUAAAACUGAGGAAGCAGCCAGUUCAAAGGAAACUCCCGAUGACAAUCACUUAUCGCCAAGCCGUUGGAAAUGGGCCAGAAGGACAAUGUCUGACACAAGUUCUAAUAAAUCCUUGGAGAACAAAUACCAGGAAGUGAGCCAGCAAGACUCCCAGGAACAGCUAAACAAUGCAGCAGCAACCUCCAGCCCUCAACACUUGAGUGCUCAGAAACUUGAAAUAUUAUAUAAUGAAAUUACUAAAACUCAGUCUCAGCCUAAUCUGAAUUCCACUUACCAAGGCCCUUCAGUGAAACCUCCCCUCUAUGAGGAGGAGAUAGAAAUGGAAGAAGUUACUGGACAAGGAGAUGCAUCUGUGACAGGGCCCAAAGAAGUCAUCCCUGACAUGAGAAGCACUUCUAGCAUUGACAGCUUUACCAGCUGUGCAACUGAUUUCACAGAGACAGAACGGUCACCUCUUCCUCCAUAUUCCAGUUGUCACUUGCAACCAAGAUUUUCCACUGAGUCUGCCCAUUUAGAAGACCAAACAGGAAAGGAUUCCCAGCUUUUACCACUCAUGAAAGAUAAAAUGUUUCCCCCCAGAGAUACCAGCUUUGAUUACUCCUAUGUCAAUACAGUGAUGAGCUCUGAGAACACCUGUUCUCAUCCUUUCCUUCAUGGUCACUUUCAUUUUGACAAUGCCAUGGAGAGUCCCAAAAGUUCUCUCAAAGGAAGCAACCCUUUAAAAUCAAGGUCCCUUAAGGUUAAUUUUAAGGAAAACAGAGGUGGUGCUCCACAAACCCCACCAAGCACUACAAGGCCGUUGCCAGUGUUGGCAACAGGAGACUUCCUACAAUCCACCCCUCAGCAUAUCAGCACUAUCCUCUUAGAAGAGAAUUCGCCACAGGGGGAAAGACCCCUGCUGGGUGCAGAUGCUUCUGUAGCUUCUAAGCAAUCAUGCCCUCUGUUUCCCAAACAGAAACUUUUUUCUUUCCCUUCAAAAGAGAGAAGUUUCACUGAAAUAGAUACUGGUGAAGAAGAUGACUUCUUGGAAAUCCCUGGCAUGAGGCACAACAGGCAGUUGGACGUCAAGGCAAACUGCUUUGGGGAUAAACUUAAGGAUGGGAACUAUUUAACAGAAGAGUCUGAAGUCAGCUCUUCUUCACCCAAAAGUUUGGGUCAUAACUGCACUCAAGACAUUUAUCGUGUUGCAGGGGAAAUAACAGGGGACAAUAUUCAAGAAGGUCAAAAAAUGGAAAACCAUUUGUUUUCCCCAGAAAUCCAUACAAAUCCUAGUGAUCCUGGUUACUGUCCCACCAGGGAAACCAGCAUGUGACUAGUUAGGAGAGCAAUAAUGACAAAAACUCAUUUCUUAAAACUGGAAUUAGCAAUGCCUAUGAAUUAAAAAAGGGAAGCCUCAAAAGUAAAUAAAAUAUUAUUUUUGCAUGGCAUGAAGAGUUGCUUAGUUUAAGUACAUUUUAAUUUAAAAGCAAAAAAACUUUUUUUCCUAACGAAAGAUAAAUCAGGAAUGCAGCAAGAACUGAGUAAAAUAAAAUGCUCUUUUCAGAGAUGAUCUUCUGCAAUGCUUAACACUGUUAAUACUUUCAUUUAUAAUUGUAGAUAAUGGAUUUUAAUUAACUUUUAUUUUUCCUUUUCAAUUUCAGAAUUUGCACAUGAAAGGAUGAAAUGUUGAUUCAUAUGUUAAUAAUAGUGUGAAAUAAGGUGCUUUGAGUCUGCAAAAUGCAUACUUUUGUAAAUAAUUUGGGUUUGCUGGGACAUCUCCAGUUAUCAAGGAUUUGUGGAAAACAGGUUUCUUGGGACACAGAUAACUUCCUUCAAGUCCACUGCCUGGAGGAUUUGUAUAGACUUAUGUUGCAAAAUUGCAGCUUAUUCUUAGAGCAUCUUACCUAUCUUGCUUUCUCUUUACAUG